GUGGUGGAGACUUCUACCACUGUUACGGCGAAAGGUAACAAAAAGUGCAAUUUUGUCGGAACUGAUUUAUUCACCAAGGAGCGGUGGGAAGAGAUGGCGCCGUACUCGCACAGUGUCGAGGUUCCAAAAGUAAACUUCAGCGACUAUACAGUCCUAGACAUUACAUCUGAAGGCAUGCUAUCUCUUAUGAGCCAUACGGGUGACACGAGGGACGAUCUUCCCCUCCCCCCGGACGAGGCUCUCAGCUCACAG